AUGGAUAUUGAUACUAAAAUUUGUAACAUAUUAAAGCACUUAAUCCUCUAAAGAAAAAGAUUAGUAAUCUCCAACAAACCAAGGGAAUUAGGAGUAGAUUUUUAGAUAAAUUCGCCGAGGAAUUUCGAAGACUUCAGAGAUUAAAAUGGAAGCAAAAAGGUUUAAGAAGUAAGGUUCGAGUAUUAUAUGAAGAAGAAACAGGCUAAAAUGGCCCAAUUAAGAGAAAUAAUUUCUCAAAAAAGAAAUGAAAAGUAGAGACUUCGAGAGUUUACUCCAAAUAAUCAAUCUCAAUACUAAACGACUGGAUAAAUGCUUAGAAAAUAACUAUCUAUUAUAUCUAAUGCAAUGGAGGAUCCAAUGCUGAUGAGUAGAAAUAAUUUAGAUAUAAGCAACGUAACCAACGAAGAGCAUCCAUAUUUAGAGACAACUUCUCCAUUUAUGACAUCUCUUCAAAAAUAAAAAACUUAAAAAGGGUAAUCGAUGUCAGUUGAAGGUAAUUAUGAGAAUUAGACUCAAAGAACUAAGUUCUAGAGAUCACCAGAUACUGUAACAAAAAGACUUGUAACAUUCAAUAACAUUAGUAUCAAUAAUAAUAGUACAAAUGGAAAUAAUAACAAUACAAGCACUAUAUUAGAAAGAGGUAGUUUGAAAUUGAAUUUAAGUGCUUUGAUAGUAAACUAGCAGCCAGAUAUCCCUCUUAAAAUAUAACUAGGCUUUAAAACACCUGAUUUAUUCACUCAAUAGAAAUAGUAGAAUUUGGAAAAAAUGACAAGUGCAAAAUCAAAGUUGGAAGUUUUGGCUGAAAAAGAUAAGGUCAGAUUUGAGAAGAAAAUUAAGAAUGAAAAGCAAAAACUUGAUAAACUUCAAGAAUUUUUAGAGUAUGAUGAAUAUGAAAGAAAUCUUAGAAUUCAAAACUAUAAGAAAAAACAGCAGAAUGCUAUUAAAAAACUGGAGAAAAUAGACAAAGAUAUUGAGAAAAAAUAGUAUCAAGACUAUAAGGAGUACCUAUCCUAAAGAUAAAAGCAACAAUCUAGAAUGCUUUUGGAGCAAUAAUAAUUAACUCUAGUAAAGCUUAAAGAAAAUAUUGAAAACACUCAAAGAGAAUUUGAAACACAGCAACAAAUAAGAGAGAGAAUAAAACUAGAGGAGGAAUAAGCAUAGAAAAGGCUAGAAAGCAUAACUAAGAGACUUGAAAGAAUGAUUAAAGCAAUUACGGAGUUCAAGGAACGCAUGAAAGAGGAGGAACUAAUAAAACUCCAAAGUGAAUUAAAGAGAUUUAGUAGGAUAGGAGACAAAAGAUAAAAAGCUGAAGAAGACAGAAAAGAGUAUAUGGACUAGCUUCAAAAACUAAAUAGAGAAAGACAUGAGAAGAAAAGACAGAUUAGAAAUUAGGAACUUAAAGACAGAGAUUAAUGGAGUUUCUCUGUCCUUAAAAAGCACAAGCGUUAAUGGGACUAAGUUAUGGAAAGAAAUCAGUCACUUGAGGAGACUAUUCAAGCGAAAAGGGAGUUGAUGACUUUGAAAAUUAAAGAUAAUAAGAGUUCGAUUUUUGAAAGCGAGUUACUACAUAAAGAACAUAAAGAUAAGAUCAUAUAGAAACAUAUAUAGCUAUUUAAAAGUCUAUAGAAAUCAAAAGAAAAGCUGGACUAAUUGUAAAUUUCACAGCGCGUUACAGAAAUCUAGAAAAAGAGAGAGCUAUUUGGGGAUCAAAGCUGGACUCAGACAUUAAAACCAAGAAAUAAAUUAAUUGAAGUUAAUCUUAAAAAAGUUGUUCUAUAAGAAUAGCCUGCUAUCAGAAGUGGAAUAAUGAUUUGGAAUCUAAAAAAGUUUAGCAGUAAAAAGAGUAGGUGCGAUUCUGAUGAUUGA